AUGACAGCACCGGCACCAGCUCACAUCAGAGCUGCGCGACAUCAACACCGCGAUUAUUCUCGCAAAACGAAGAUCUUCAAGAAAUGGCUUCUCGAAGCCGCUGUACAGUGUGGGUGGAACCAGAACGACGAGCCCACUAAAACAUCGGACAUAUUGUCACAAAUCGAUAUAAUAUUAAAGGCGGAAGUUCAGGAAAUAUCCAUGCCAAAACACAUCUAUGAAACUCUAGUCAGUGCUAUAGACUUGAGAAAGGAGGCUUUGGAAGCAUUUGGAGAGGUACACUUCAUAGGAGGGCAGUCAAUGACCGCCCACCUUCACUUCAUCGCCAUCUUGGAGCAUGCGUUGGACGUUCUACCAAAGUCCGAGCACACAAUCAAGUCCAACAGCCCAACAACCAACGUACCUCAGAGACCACCAACCAAUGCGACCAAUCCAUCAAGCGAAGAUGACGACUGGUCAGUUGUCAGAUAUUAUAGAAGAUCCCAGGGCGACCGUGAAUCAAAAUAA